AUGAAUGGCGCAUGCGCUUGUGGUGCCGUGAAAUACACCACGCCUACAGAGAGACCUAUCACGCUUUUCCACUGCCACUGCAUCGACUGCCAAAAGCAAUCCUCCAGCGCCUUCGGGACAUCCGCCAUUUUCCCUUUCUUCCGAGUUGAUGACAAUCCGAACGUGUCACACUUUGUCCGCCAGUGUGAUAGUGGACGGAGACAGAAUUGUUACUUCUGCAGCACCUGUGGCAGUCGGAUUCUACAUGCGCAAAUCAUAGAAGGUGGCUAUCCCGAAGUUGUCGCAGUGAAAGGCGGUCUACUAGAAGGCCUCGACUGGAAAGGGGCAAUGCACAUCUUCUGUAAAAGUGCUGUCGUACCCAUUCCUGAUGGCGUCAAGAGAUGGGAAGCGGAGCCCGACUUUGGACACCGUCAAGGAGAUUAA